UCAUCUGAAAUUCCCACUAUAGAAAGUUCUAAACAAGUUUUACGAAAACUUUCAGAAGCUGGAAUGAAAAAAAUUAAUUUUGCCGGUGAAACGAAUAUUAAAAUUGGCCGUGGAUCAGGACAACAUAUUAAAAAUUUAUAUGAAAUUGCAGAAUGGUGUCAUCAAUUAGGAAUAAAAUUUAAGUUAAAUACCGUAAUAAAUGCUUUUAAUUGGGAAGAAGAUAUGAAUGAACAUAUUAAAAUUUUAGCUCCAUUCCGAUGGAAAUGUUUUCAAGUCUUAAUUUUGGAGAAUGAGAAUGGUGGAUUUGAAGGUACAUUAAGAGAUGCAAGAAGAUUUAAAAUUUCAACAGAGCAAUAUGAAGCAUUCAUCGAAAGGCAUAAAGCUCAGAAAUCAAUGGUUAAAGAACCUAAUAAUAUAAUGAAAAAUUCAUACUUAAUACUUGAUGAGAAAUUACGCUUUUUAAAUUGUACAGAUGAUGACAAAGUUCCAAGCGAAUCUUUACUAGAUGUUGAUGUUGACACGGCAUUACAGCAAGCCGGUUGGGACGAGAGUGCCUUUUAUCAACGACAGGGAAUUUAUAAUUGGUCAAAGUUUCCAAAUAAUGAUUGUGCCAGCGCGAAUGAUUCAAAAAAGUUUGAUUGGUAA